CAGAGUUGGUUUUUCUUAGCUCGGAGGGACCUGCCUUGCACAGAUUGGGGGUUACUCUGCAGUGUUCUUAUUUUUUUAUUGUUUGUUUUUCCACAUCGUGCUUAUAAACAUCCUAGAAUUUUCUUUAGAGUUUAUUCCAUACGAUAAAAACUUAGGGCAGUUUUUCGUUUUCAGCUCAUAUGUCAUUUGUAUUUAAGUUUGACUUUAUUCAGUUUCUCCUAAUUUCAGAACGUCUGCAUGAAAAGUUUCAUGGGAAAGGAAAACUGUAGAGCGUUGAGCGUUGUGGAUAAAUCGACGUAAUAGCGAGCAUCCCGUCGAUAUGUUGUUUUUACUAGAAAACCAGGUCAGUGUCAUUGUUUGGACAGACUCAUCCUCCUCCGAACUGAUGCAGCUCGGUCUCACGGUUCUCUACACGGUUUUGUAUUCGCUGCUCUUCGUGUUUGUUUACCUGCAGCUCUGGUUGAUUCUGCACUACGGACACAAGCGCUUCAGCUACCAGAGUGUUUUUCUCUUUCUGUGUUUGCUCUGGUCGGCUUUGCGGACGACUCUCUUCUCUUUCUACUUUAAAAAUGUUGUUCAAGCAAACCAACUCCAGCCUUUGCUGUUCUGGCUCCUGUAUUGUUUUCCGGUCUGCCUCCAGUUCUUCACCCUGUGUCUGCUCAACCUUUAUUUUGCUCAGGUGAUUUUCAAAGCCAAAGCGAAAUAUUCCCCGGAACUCAACAAGUACAAGGUGCCCCUGUGUCUAGGAUUUCUGCUGGCUAGUGUUUUUUUCCUGGUGGUGAAUGUGACGUGUGCCAUGCUGGUUCAGGGAGAUGUGGAUGAGAGUCAGGUGAAGGAUGCCGUUCUGGCACGAGUGCUGGUUAACGACAGCCUCUUUGUGCUCUGUGCGAUCUCUCUCGCCAUCUGCAUCUUCAAGAUCGCUAAGAUGUCUUCUGCUAAUGUCUAUCUCGAGUCAAAGGGGACAUCGGUAUGCCAGGCCACAGCCAUUGGGGCAGUAGUUAUCCUCCUCUACACCUCCAGAGCCUGUUACAACCUGGUUGUGGUGGCUCUUUCUCCUGAAGAUCGGCCCAGCUCGUUUAAUUAUGGCUGGUACAAUGUGUCUGACCAGGCGGAUGCAGAGAAGAUCAAUGGGGAAGCCUAUGUGGUCUUUGGGAUCAUCCUGUUCUUUUGGGAGUUGCUGCCCACCAGUCUGGUGGUGGUGUUCUUCAGAGUGCAACGGGCCAAUCAGAACCUGACACCGGGUGGCAUGAUCAACAGUCACAGCUUUAGUUCCAGGGCGUAUUUCUUUGACAACCCACGUCGCUAUGAUAGUGAUGAUGAUCUGUCUAGAAACACAACUUCCCGAGGAGAAAGAUGCAGCAGUAUCCUGUCGUCCACACCGCAGACGGGCCCAAGUUGGUACGGCACGAUCCAGAGGAACGGCAGCCUAACGGCGAUCCCUCACCUGCUGAAUGGCCCCCAAACAUCAACUGCCCCUCUUCUCUUUGCAAACAGCAACAUUCAGACCAACCAACACCACAAUUACUAUUCCACCCCCCAAAACUACUACUCAACCUCCCAGACACACUACUCCACCCCUCAGAACUAAAGCUGAUCCUUCUGUGGAACGAUCUAAUCUGAGGUUUGGCUCAGCAAGGACAUGGAGCAAUGCUUUAUGGUCGCCUUCCCCCUCAGUCAAUUUAUCUGCCCACAUUGAUGCGGCAGGAAUUUAAAGGGACCAUAAGGUGAUGGGAGGGGGGUGGUGGUUCCAUGUGUUCUAAUUUCUGAAAACCAUCCAUCCAAUCACCCAACAUUGGUGCAAUGAACUCCUCCGAGCCUUCAGCACAUGGACUCCCCUCUGUGAGUUGGGAUGUGCUUUUUGCACUUAUUCUGAUCAGUUGGAGUAGUUGUAGUAUGCUUUUUAUAUUCCAUCAUUUUGGAGAAAGAGCACGACAGCUUAGUCCAUCCGAGACGAUCA